AUGGACGCUGCUUCACAGCACCAGAUCAAGACUCCUGAGGAGGCUGUGGCUCGAAUCGCCUACCUCUCCAGCGAUGUCAUCGUCUCCGUCCAGCCCGCCAUUGGCACCGAAUCCGACUUCUCUGCCCAUCUGAAGCGGUACGCAGGCCGCAAGGACAGCAGCCUGGUCGCCCAGAGCGCUGAUGCAGUUCCUGAUAUCCUCCCCGUCCGACACAAUGCCGACCCUCUUCUCUCAGUAUACACUCCCAUCCGAGCUGGCAAGCUCGUCUCCGUCACCACCACAUCCUCCAUCCUCCUCCCCUCCGUCUCACACCUCUACAAGCUGGCCAACUACCCUGUUGUCCUGCACGUCUCCCUCCAGCCGCGGACAUUUGCCGACUAUUCUGUCAUCACCGCUAUCCGCAAUUCAGGAUGGACUUUUGUCCAGUCCGAGACCCUCCAGGAGGCCCAGGACAUGGCUCUGACUGCCCAUGCUCUGGCUAUCCGCACCGGCAAGGGUGUCAUCCACUUCUUUGCUCCCUCUACCUCUGAGAAGGACAAGCCCAUUGGUGUUGAGGACGCCGCAGUCAUCCGCGACAUUCUCGACAUUGAGAGCGUGCGCCGAUUCCAAGCUGGCAUACCCACAUCUUCACAGUCCGGCAUCUACGCCGAUGAUGGCCACAUUGCCGUUUCUUCGGAUCAUGAUGCGCCUGUCGUGACCGGCGCUGCUAACAACGGCUCCCUUACUGUGCCCCCCAGUGCCAGCGCCUCCAAGGCUCCUUCAGCUGGAACUUCUGUCAAGUCUAGCCAAGACAGCGAGGCCAGCACUCCCGUUGCGCCCUCUUCCGCUGCCACCACUGUUGAGACCACCCCUCCCCAGGUCACCUCCGAGGACGUCUACAAGUGCGCCGCGCGCAUCUGGGGCCAGAUCAAGACUGCUCUUGGCCGUGAGUACAGCGCUUUCGAGUACUCUGGACCUCCCGAUGCCGAGAAUUGUCUCUUCAUCUUCGGCUCUGAUGCUGGCGCCUUCGCCCAGGCCAUCGACGAGGCCAACCCUGACGAGAUCUUCGCUUCUGCCGCCAUCCUCACUCCUCGCCUCUACCGACCUUGGAUCGGCUCUAGGCUCGUCGAGGCCAUCCCUCGAUCCAUUAAGCGAAUCGCUGUUCUCGAGCAGAUCCACCGCAAGACCACCAAGUGGGGUCCUCUUCUGAUCGAUGUCCUGACCUCCGUCAAGAGCGGACCCGGUGGUGUCGAGACGAUUGUUGGCCAUCAGCUGGGCUACCUUGCCCCAGAGGUUGUGGUCCAGGCUCUGCGGGGUGUGCUCCAGAACCUCACCGCCGAGAAGCCUAUCCAGAACCUCGAGGUUGGUAAGAAGAGUGCCUGGAAGGAGCCCACUGGCUACGAUCUCAAGACUCCUCAGCUUGAGACUGCCUAUACCAAGAUCCUUGAUCAGCUCUUUGGCAAGCGUGCGUACGUUGCCAACGCCAUCAAGUCUGCUACCACUGGUCUUUCUCCUACCGUUGCUGCUAGCCCCGAGUUCGGCUUUGGUUCUCUGCUCGCUCGCAAGCAACGCCGCAGCCAGUUCGUGUCUCAGGUUAAGGAUGCCGCUACCAACGGCAGCUUCAUUACCGAUGCUCCCAAGAGCUGGCUGGCUCGAUGGGCUAUGAACGCCGACGAUGCCACCAAGUCGACAGAAAUUGCCGACGAUGUGAUUGCCAGACUUGAGACUGAUGGCUCUCCUCUUGCUGCUGAGCUCCUCUCUGCCAAGGGCCUCUUCCGCAAGGAGUCGCUCUGGUUGACUGGAUCUGACGCUUGGUCUUACGAUCUGGGUAACUCUGGUGUUCACCACGUUCUGGCCUCUGGCGAGAAUGUCAACAUGCUCAUCAUCGACUCUACCCCCUACUCCCAGAGGGCUACUGCCGACGCCAACCGCCGAAAGAAGGACAUUGGCCUUUACGCCAUGAACUUCGGAAACGUCUACGUCGCCUCUACUGCUGUCUACAGCUCCUACACCCAGGUCCUCCAGGCCCUGCUCGAGGCUGACAAGUUCGACGGCCCCUCCGUGGUCCUGGCUUACCUGCCUUACUUCGGUGAGACCGACUCUCCCCUGACUGUCCUCCAGGAGACCAAGAAGGCCGUCGACGCCGGCUACUGGCCUCUUUACCGCUGGAACCCCGACAACGAGAAGAAGGGCGAGCCCAACUUCUCUCUCGACUCUGAGCUCAUCAAGCAAGAGCUCAAGAAGUUCUUGGCCCGCGACAACCAGCUCACCCAGCUUGCUGCCAAGGAGCCCAAGUUCGCUGCCGCCCUUGCCCAGGACUUUGGAACCGAGGUCCGAGCUCAGCAGAAGAGGAAGGCCAAGGACGCCUACAACCAGCUGCUUGAGGGUCUCCUGGGUGCUCCCCUGACUAUCCUGUUUGCUUCCGAUAACGGCAACGCUGGUACUGUGGCUAAGCGACUUGCUAACCGUGGUCGUGCUCGAGGUCUGAAGACGGCUGUCAUGACCAUGGAGGACUAUCCUCUUGAGGAUCUUCCUGCCGAGGAGAACAUUGUCUUUGUUACCUCGACGGCCGGUCAGGGUGAGUUCCCCCAGAACGGUCUGCCUUUCUGGGAUGCCAUCAAGGACAACACCGAUCUCGACCUGGCUACUGUCAACUACUCCGUCUUUGGUCUAGGUGACAGCCACUACUGGCCUCGCAAGGAGGACAGAAUUUACUACAACAAGCCUGCCAAGGAUCUUGACCGGGUUCUGACCAGCCUGGGUGCCAAGCACCUGGUCCCCAUCGGUCUGGGAGACGACCAGGAUCCCGAUGGAUUCCAGACUGGUUACCAGGAGUGGGAGCCCAAGAUUUGGACCGCCCUCGGCGUGGACAACGUCGAUGGCCUCCCUGAGGAGCCCCCACCUAUCACCAACGAGGACAUCAAGAUUGCUUCCAACUACCUCCGUGGUACCAUUGUGGAGGGUCUCAACGACACUUCCACACUUGCUAUCUCGGCCGCCGACCAGCAGCUUACCAAGUUCCACGGUACUUACAUGCAGGACGACCGUGAUAUCCGAGACGAGCGCAAGGCUCAGGGUCUGGAGCCCGCCUACUCCUUCAUGAUCCGAUGCCGACUUCCUGGUGGUAUCUCGACGCCCAAGCAGUGGGUUCAGAUGGACGACAUCGCCAACGAGCUCGGCAACGAGACCAUGAAACUCACCACCCGACAGACCUUCCAGUUCCACGGUGUCGUCAAGAGCAAGCUCAAGCCUGCCAUGCAGGCCAUCAACCGUGCCCUGAUGACUACCAUCGCUGCUUGCGGUGACGUGAACCGAAACGUCAUGUGCAGUUCGCUUCCCACCCAGUCCAAGUAUCACCGCCAGGUAUUUGCUUGCUCGCAGCUCAUCAGCGACCACCUCCUGCCCUCGACCACCGCCUACCACGAGAUCUGGCUCACCGACGAGAACAACCAAAAGACCCAGGUUGCUGGCGACGCCGUCCAGGACUUUGAGCCCCUCUAUGGACCCACCUACCUACCCCGAAAGUUCAAGAUCACUAUCGGUAUCCCUCCCCACAACGACACCGAUGUGUACGCCCACGAUAUCGGUUUGAUCGCCAUCAAGGGUGAGGAUGGUAACCUGGCUGGUUUCAACGUUCUUGCUGGUGGUGGUAUGGGUACUACCCACAACAACAAGAAGACGUAUCCCCAGACUGGUCGCAUGUUCGGUUUCUGCAAGACUGAGGAUGUGCACAUUGUCUGCGAGAAGAUCAUGCUCGUCCAGCGCGACAACGGUGACCGCAAGAACCGAAAGCACGCCCGUCUCAAGUACACCAUCGACGACAUGACGGUGCCCGUCUUCCGUGGCAAGGUCGAGGAGCUCUGGGGCAAGAAGUUUGAGCCUGAGCGGCCGUUCGAGUUCAAGAGCAACGUCGACACUUUCGGCUGGCAGAAGGAUGAGUUUGGCCUCAACCACUUCACCUUCUUCAUCGAGAACGGCCGUAUCGAGGACACUGCCGAGUUCCAGAUGAAGACUGGUCUGCGUGAGAUCGCCAAGGUCCACAAGGGCGAGUUCCGCCUUACUGGUAACCAGCAUCUCAUCCUUAGCAACGUCGCCGAUGAGGACCUCCCCGCCAUGAAGGAGCUCAUGAAGAAGUACAAGCUCGACAACAUCCAGUUCUCUGGUCUCCGCCUCAGCUCCUCCGCCUGUGUCGCCUUCCCCACUUGCGGUCUCGCCAUGGCCGAGUCUGAGCGAUACCUGCCCGUGCUCAUCUCCAAGCUUGAGGCCUGCCUCGAGGAGAACGGUCUCCGCCAGGACUCCAUUGUCAUGCGUAUGACGGGUUGCCCCAACGGUUGCGCUCGCCCCUGGUUGGCCGAGGUUGCCUUUGUCGGCAAGGCCUAUGGCGCUUACAACAUGUACCUGGGUGGUGGUUACCACGGCCAGCGUCUCAACAAGCUGUACCGCCAGAGCAUCAAGGAGGAUGAGAUUCUCGCCAUCAUGAAGCCUCUCCUGAAGCAGUACGCCCUGGAACGACAGGAGGGUGAGCGCUUCGGUGAUUUCUGCAUCCGUACCGGCGUGAUUGUGGCCACCACUGAUGGCCAGAACUUCCACGAUAACAUCCCUGAGGAUGACGAAGAUGAGGAAUAG